UGCAAGAAGGAAACUACAUCAGAUGGUGGUGAACCAAAGUGUCAGGGCAAAACCCCUCCCCACACAUCCUGGGGACAAAGCGGGCAGGAGGGAGCUGCGAUUGCCCUCGUCCCACUUCUUCCUUUGAACUGUAAAACUGAAGAGGGCAUCUUGGUCCUGGCAGAAAGGACGCUAUGAUCAUAGAAUUUCUGUCCCUGCUUUGCCUCGGGCUUUGUCUGGGCCAUGAAGAUGAGAAAAAGAAUGAGAAGCUUCCCAAACCCUUCCUCAUCGCCUUGCACAGAACAGUGGUUGAACGCAGUACUAAUGUGACCCUGAAGUGCCAGUCUCCCUUCCAGAAUGUGACAUUCUUGCUGGGGAAAUCACAGGAUCCUAGGUACAAGCAGGAGCAGAUAGCAACAGGAAAUGAGACUAAAUUCCUCCUCACUGACCUGGAGCCUAGGGAUGCUGGAACUUACUUUUGUUCCUACAAAACAACAGCCUCCCAUGAGUGGUCAGAGAAGAGUGAACACCUGCAGCUGAUGGUCACAGACAACCACACUGGACAUGGAGCUUCUUCAAUAAAAACAGACACCAGUGUCAUCGCUGUCACCACCUUCAGCUGCCUUUCCAUCUUUCUCCUUUUCCUCUCAGUCCUCUUCAUCUACAGAUGCACUCGGCAUGGCUCAUCACAUGAAGAACCCACCAAGAGAACCAGCAAUUCCGAAUUUCCCGUGCAGGAGGCUACAGAUUUAUCCAAGCUGGAAAGGAUAUCUAUCUUGACCGAAGACCCCCAAGGAGUGACCUAUGCCGAGCUAAACACCAAGACACCAUCUGAAGCAGCUUCUGUCCCUACUGAGGAUCCCCUAGGAUCUUGUGAAUAUGCGACACUGAAGGUUUAGAAGGAGAAUAGCAGGAGCCACUAGAGGAUGGGCUUCUUCCCUGGGAAGGGGAGUAUAGAUGAAGACGGCUGAGAUGACUGGACAUAUGGAAAUCCAGGUCACUCUGCGUUCUUCUCUCAAAAAUCCAUAAUAACAAGAUUAAGUUUCUCUCUUUUUGCUUCUACACCUCUCAAAAAUUACUGGAUGGGUUUUCCCAAAAUUUGGAGUGUCACUUUAGUAUGGUUUGAUUUAAAACAUAGGCUAAGAAUGUGUAUUAUAUAUAUGGGCUGAUGGUACUCAUAAUAUUCAUGUAGGGAGUUCUGGACGGCACCAUGUAAAUAGAAUAUGAUUCACCAGAGAAGCCCAUGUGGUUGCUGAUGGGUGAGGCAUCUCAUAGAUGCAGCGAUUUUGAAAAGGAGCACAAAAUACGAGACACUCAGUUGUGAACUAACAAAAGCAUCCCUAAGUAGCAUUCACCCAGGUAAACAGCUAAAUGUAUUUGCUUCACGAUUCUUUCAUGCUGCACUGGGCAGCCAUCUAGACCCAAGUCAAGACCAAUUUCCUCUCUGACAUGAAUGAAAGAGUUUCCUUAGUGCCAUCAUACUUCUGUUGAUAUUAUUUCUUUAUUAUUAUUAAAAUCAAAGGAUGCAAUGAAGUUAGACUUACAAGAUAUAUGUGGAUUUUGUCACUUGGUGCCCGUAGUUUAAUUAAUUUAUGUUAAUACAUCAUUGUAAGGAUUUUUCUGAGUGUGGACUUUUUUGCUGUGACAAUGGCACCAAAUGACCACUUAUGUAUAAUACAAAUAUAUGAGCUUUGCUUCCACAGUUAUGACACUCAACCAGAUUUGAAAGUAAUUUUUUUUUUUUUGCUGUGGAAAAUUCGCCCUCAGCUAACAUCUGUUACCAAUCUUCCUCUUUUUGGUUGAGGAAGACUUGCCCUGAGCUAACAACUGUGCCAGUCUUCCUCUAUUUUGUAUGUGGGUCUCCACCACGGCAUGGCUGACAAGUGGUGUAGUUGCGCGCCCAGGAACCAAACCCACGAACCUGGGCCGCUGAAGCUGAGUGUGCCAAACUUAACCACUAGGCCAUGGGACCGGCCCCUGAAAGUAAUUUUUUAAUAAUGAAUGUGUAAAGAUUUGGAAUGUAUAUAUAAAUAUUCUUAAAUCAUAAGUAUAUGCUGUAUAACUUUCCUCUUUUUAAGUUUUUAAUUAUGAAAUAAUUCGAUCAUAAAGACAAACAUCAAAUAAUAUAAAUGGAAAUGUGCACACUGUCCUUGUUUUCUAGACAUUAACAUUUUGCCAUGUUUUUAUUUCUGCCCCUCCCAAUCUGUUCUCCUGUCUCUCUAUUCCAGAGGUAAACAUUACCCAAGGGAGUGUAUAUUAUUCCUAUGAUUUUUUCAUACUUUUACUACACAGUUAUUUAUUGAUAGCUGAUAUACGGUAAUAUUUUAUGUGUAAUUAAAAAAUAUAUACAUAUAUAUGGAAUCAUAUUGUAUAUUACAAUUCUGUGACUUUUUAAAUUGCCCUCAGCAUUAUGCUUUUGAAAUUCAUCCAGGUGAUUUUUGUGGGUCUAUUUCAUUGUUUGCUGCAUAGAAUUCAGUUGUUAACCAUACUGUGGAAUAUUAUUCAGCCGUAAAAAGGAAUGAGGCACUGUUACAUGCCACAACAUGGAUGAACCUUGAAAACUUGAUGCUCAGUGAAAGAAGGCAGACACAAAAUGCCACAGCAUGUAUGGUUCCAUUUAUAUGAAAUAUCCAGAAUGGGCAAAUCCUUAGAGACAGAAAGAAGAUUAAUGGUUUCCUGGGGGCUGGGGGAGGAGGGAAUGAAGAGUGACUGCAAAUAGGUAUGGAGUUUCUCUUUGAGGUGAUGAAAAUGUUGUAAAAUUAGAUUGUGGUGAUGGUAGUACACCUUAUGAAUAUACUACAAAAUACUGAAUUGUACAAUUUAGAAGCGUAGAUUUUAUAGUAUGUGAAUUCUAUCUCAAUAAAAAAUAAUUUUAAAAGAACUUGGUUGUCUGCCCAAACCAUGGUUUCUUUUUACUCUUUCCUUGACUGCUAGAUGUUUGGGUUGUUUCCAGGGCUAUGCCAUCAGCAAAAUGCUGCAAUAAACAUCCUGCAGCUGCCUUCUCAUUCACCUGUGUGAUCUGUCUGGUACAUAUAUUUAGAAAUAAAAUCUGUCUUCUGUGAUGUCCACAUCUUUAAUCCCACCAGGACAGGCAGACUGAUAACUAAGGUGGUUUCACCUAUUUAUAUUUCCAUGUAUAAAUGUAUGUUUCCAAUUUCCCACAUCCUUGCCAAUUCAUAAAUAUGUUAGACUUUAUAUUUUUUGCUGAUUAAAAUAUGUGAACUCAUAACCCAUUUUAAAGAUAACCUAUAUAAAGAUAACCUAUAUACAGAUAAAGAUAUAAAUAUAUCAUAACCUAUAUAAAUAUAUCUUAUUGUUGUUUUAAUUUGCAUUUUCCUGAUUAGG